AUGGAUACAGAAUAUUCCAAAAGAGUGUACCAAGGCGUUCGAGUCAAGCACACAGUCAAAGACCUACUGGCGGAGAAGCGAUCCCGACAGACAAAUGGGCCCAGAUACAGCGGAGGAUCAACCACUCCACCUUCUUUUGUCCAGAUGCCAGGGUCUCACAUGCUGCCCAGCUACUACGGCAUGAGGCGCUCCUUCAUCUCUGAGUCAGACUUCUGCCCGUCCACCAAGCAGUUCUCCCCUGAUGUCUAUUCUCCAACACUGAGUGGUAAAGCUCUGGGCUGCGAGGCCUCCACCAUGAGCAGCUACUCCUCCUUCAUUGACAGCUACUAUCCGGAGACUUUCGGUGAUUACCGCAGCGCCGCCGCCUUUUCCAGCUCAGGAGGAUCCUUCCUGCCCUCAUCGGCCCUCUCAUCCCUGCUGCCUCCCUUUGGUGGAGAGUCCUCGCAUUUAUUUCUGAGAGACUCGUGGGAACAGUCGGUUCCAGAGCCAGUAUCCCAGGUGGAGGCUCUGUGUCCUGACAGCCUGACCUCCGUCAGUGUCCCACCCUCCAUGCACAGCCCAGAACCCCCGGGAAGCCCCUCCCAGUACCGCUCCCCCAGCCGAGGCUCCUCCAUGGGUCACGUCUCCAGCAGCCAGCCCUACACCUUGCACUCCCUGGAGGAAACCCACUACCACCCUUUAACUACCAGCAGCUCUUACGCGGUCCCUUCCACCUCCUUCCCCUGCCCUUCCUACAUGAGCACCCCCAUCAGCGACCUAGUGUCCAAGAUGGUGACGGAGGAGGCGGCUGCCAGCCUCCACCCCAACAGCGAGGCUCACUCCUCCUGGGCCAAAGAGGACGGAGUGAGCUCCUGGUCGCCCUAUGAGAUCAGGAGGGCCUACUGA